AUGCAACACGCUUGGAAACGCAUGGAGGCGGAGUACCGUGACACUCUGCGCAACAACGGGACAAGCGGGCGGAAACCGAAGAGAAAGAAGCCCUGGUUUGAGUACGUAUACCUGCUCAAACGCAUCCCUGCAACUGUCAAGCCUCACGUCGUCGAAGGCGAAGGCGCUGGUGAAACCCACGUCGACCCGCAAGCCCCGCUCCAGCUCGACGCCGAUAUGCCCGAGGGGGGUACCACAACCCCCGUGCCCCGUGGUCAGCAACGACGCAUGCCUCGUCGCGCGGCCGCCAUUGAAGCCACGCCCAGCCCCGUACCGGCACGGCGUUCACGCGUGAACGAGACGGCGACCAUGGCGGCCGCCAAGGUGAUUUCCGACACGCUGAAUGCGUGCAACGGGCAAGCCAUGAGGCAGCUGAGCGACACCGUGCAGCUGCUCAUCGCCGCAAUACACAUGGCGGCGGGGAUGUGGCGACCCCCUCCAGCACCGCCUCUACCGGCGACGGUACCUGCACCUGCACAACCACCUGCCAUCGCCAACGACGCGGGCAACCUGGUGAAUGCGGCAUUGGUUGACAGGGAGCUGGCAGAUGCGCCAGAAGAAGAUGAAGGGGCGUCGCCGGAUGACAUGCAGUCUCGCUAG